AUGACGCUGAACUGCAUUCAGGUCAAGAUUCAGGUCCAUCACACCUGCCCAGACCCAACUAUUCUCAGCCCUAUCUCCAGGUCCAUCACACCUGCCCAGACCCACCUAUUCUCAGCCCUAUCUCCAGGUCCAUCACACCUGCCCAGACCCACCUAUUCUCAGCCCUAUCUCCAGGUCCAUCACACCUGCCCAGACCCACCUAUUCUCAGCCCUAUCUCCAGGUCCAUCACACCUGCCCAGACCCACCUAUUCUCAGCCCUAUCUCCAGGUCCAUCACACCUGCCCAGACCCACCUAUUCUCAGCCCUAUCUCCAGGUCCAUCACACCUGCCCAGACCCACCUAUUCUCAGCCCUAUCUCCAGGUCCAUCACACCUGCCCAGACCCACCUAUUCUCAGCCCUAUCUCCAGGUCCAUCACACCUGCCCAGACCCAACUAUUCUCAGCCCUAUCUCCAGGUCCAUCACACCUGCCCAGACCCAACUAUUCUCAGCCCUAUCUCUAGGUCCAUCACACCUGCCCAGACCCAACUAUUCUCAGCCCUAUCUCUAGGUCCAUCACACCUGCCCAGACCCACCUAUUCUCAGCCCUAUCUCCAGGUCCAUCACACCUGCCCAGACCCACCUAUUCUCAGCCCUAUCUCCAGGUCCAUCACACCUGCCCAGACCCAACUAUUCUCAGCCCUAUCUCCAGGUCCAUCACACCUGCCCAGACCCACCUAUUCUCAGCCCUAUCUCCAGGUCCAUCACACCUGCCCAGACCCACCUAUUCUCAGCCCUAUCUCCAGGUCCAUCACACCUGCCCAGACCCACCUAUUCUCAGCCCUAUCUCCAGGUCCAUCACACCUGCCCAGACCCAACUAUUCUCAGCCCUAUCUCCAGGUCCAUCACACCUGCCCAGACCCACCUAUUCUCAGCACUAUCUCCAGGUCCAUCACACCUGCCCAGACCCACCUAUUCUCAGCCCUAUCUCCUGGUCCAUCACACCUGCCCAGACCCACCUAUUCUCAGCCCUAUCUCCAGGUCCAUCACACCUGCCCAGACCCAACUAUUCUCAGCCCUAUCUCCAGCUCCAUCACACCUGCCCAGACCCAACUAUUCUCAGCCCUAUCUCCAGGUCCAUCACACCUGCCCAGACCCGCCUAUUCUCAGCCCUAUCUCCAGGUCCAUCACACCUUCCCAGACCCACCUAUUCUCAGCCCUAUCUCCUGGUCCAUCACACCUGCCCAGACCCACCUAUUCUCAGCCCUAACUCCAGGUCCAUCACACCUACCCAGACCCACCUAUUCUCAGCCCUAUCUCCAGGUCCAUCACACCUGCCCAGACCCACCUAUUCUCAGCCCUAUCUCCAGGUCCAUCACACCUGCCCAGACCCACCUAUUCUCAGCCCUAUCUCCAGGUCCAUCACACCUGCCCAGACCCACCUAUUCUCAGCCCUAUCUCCAGGUCCAUCACACCUGCCCAGACCCACCUAUUCUCAGCCCUAUCUCCUGGUCCAUCACACCUGCCCAGACCCACCUAUUCUCAGCCCUAUCUCCAGGUCCAUCACACCUGCCCAGACCCAACUAUUCUCAGCCCUAUCUCCAGGUCCAUCACACCUGCCCAGACCCACCUAUUCUCAGCCCUAUCUCCAGGUCCAUCACACCUGCCCAGACCCAACUAUUCUCAGCCCUAUCUCCAGGUCCAUCACACCUGCCCAGACCCACCUAUUCUCAGCCCUAUCUCCAGGUCCAUCACACCUGCCCAGACCCACCUAUUCUCAGCCCUAUCUCCAGGUCCAUCACACCUGCCCAGACCCACCUAUUCUCAGCCCUAUCUCCAGGUCCAUCACACCUGCCCAGACCCACCUAUUCUCAGCCCUAUCUCCAGGUCCAUCACACCUGCCCAGACCCACCUAUUCUCAGCCCUAUCUCCAGGUCCAUCACACCUGCCCAGACCCACCUAUUCUCAGCCCUAUCUCCAGGUCCAUCACACCUGCCCAGACCCACCUAUUCUUAG